CAAAGAUUUUCCUUCAAGAGCUUUGAAGUCGGCGUGUAAUCUGUUGGAUGUUUGUAAAACGGGUAGUGAUUGACGUGGCCGGUAGAGACGUAUAGGACGAGUAUGCAUACUUAUAGGAUAAGAUUGUAUCUCCUUGCUCUCGUUUUCGUUGUGACGGUGAACGUAAACAAUGCAGCUACAACAACAGGUUCAUAUUUAUCAGAAGCGGAUAGAGCUCGUCUGAAGCAAGUGUUUCUAAAUUCUUUGGAACUCUCUGAUGUGGCUGGUGUAAACUACGCCGUUCAGGGAUUGAAACUUCUCGGUGAAUCGGUGUCAAAGUUACAGGAUGUGUGCAAGUUUCUUGCCACAAAAUCUUCAGCACCUGAUGCUACACCAGAAGCAUUGUACCAUAUUACCAGUGCAUGGCGUUCAUUGGGAUCAUGUAGUGGCUCAGUACCGAGUGCUACAAUUACCAAGUCUCUUACAGAUGUACUGAACAAUGAUGCUUCUACAGUUCCUGACCUGUUCUAUGCUGUGCAUGCUCUGAACAGUGUAGGUCAGCGCAAAUGGGAUACACAGAAGCUAAUAAAAGGUCUGCAGUCGGCCUUGAAGAAAGAUGACAGCCUUCUUAACUUGGGGUAUUCAUUCCAUAUUGCUGUUUUGCUGGGAGCUGAUGGGACAUUUGCAUUUGAUCGAAUUGAAGAUGCUAUAGUGCAAGCCGAUGAAGUAGAUAGCCGUUUCCUGCAGUUUGAAGGUGGCCUAAGCAUCACAGCUUUGCUGGUUAAUGGAGCUUACAAACUUGCUGGUACCAUCAAUAAGCCACCACCAAUUACAGGAGAUCAAGCUGUGAAGUUUGCCAAUUAUUUCCUAAGUCGACGCUCAGUCCAGACUCCAAAAGGGGCAUACAGCUUAUUAGAAGUUCUUAAUACUCUUACAAAUAACAAGUUCCAUUUACCAGUGGCAAUUACUUUGGCAAGCCCACCAGCUGUUUCUUCGGAUCAGCCAAAGGUUUCUGUUAAAGUGAGCAAUCUUCUGGGGAAGCCUUUAAGUUCAGAUCCACUUUCAGUGACUGCCGAGAGUGCCACAAGAGUUGGUGAUGAAGUAGUUGUACUUUCCAAAAAAAAAUUUGAACAAUCAGCAAGUGACAGGACUAUGUAUUCAUUAAAUUUGAUGGAAGUUAAACCAGAGCGAGGACUGUACAAACUUACAGUUAGUGCAGCAUUAGCAAAACCUGAUCCACGUCUGGUUGGAAAUGUUGGAGCCUCUCUCACAAUAAAAGUCAUGUGUGCAGUAGCUGUUGAAAAUGUUGAAAUAGGCACUGCUGAUGCAGAUCAAACCACACAACCAAAGUUAACAAAAGUAUUGUUCCCAAACCAGUUAGCAACAACAAUUGAAGCAGAUUCUCUUCAGAAGCUUAUUAUGAAAUUUACUCUGAAGGACAAAACUACUAAUAAACUAAUGACAGUACACCAAGCAUUUGUCAGAUUAUAUAAAAAGGAUACCAACCAAGAAAUAAUAUUUGUAGCUGAACCUGAUACUUCAAAAACCUAUAAAUUUGAUAUGGAUGUUGGCGGUAAAGCUGCAGAAUUUGGGCACAAGUCUGGAGUAUACAGUAUUGAACUUAUAAUUGGUGAUGCAGUUUUAUCAAAUUCAUUUGCAUGGACCCUUGGUUCUGUGAAUUUGAAGUUUGCUGAACAAAGUGCAGCUUUUGCGGGUGCUAAAGACCCAUAUUUGUAUGCCAUUAAACCAGAAAUCAAGCAUCUAUUCAGAGAACCUGAGCGGAGACCACCUGUUUUUGUUUCCAAUCUAUUCACAGGACUACUUUGUAUACCAAUAUUGAUAUUAUUAGGACUGUGGGUGAAAAUAGGUGUCAACAUAUCAAACUUUCCGUUUUCUCUUAGUGCAAUUGGUUUCCACUUGGGAUUAGGUGGAAUUUUUGCAUUAUUUGGAAUAUUCUGGCUCCAGCUCAACAUGUUCCAGACUGUUAAAUACCUUCUUGGAAUUGGUGUUGUCACAUUUUUGUGUGGCAAUAAAUUAUUAUCAAAGAUUGCAAGUGAACGUAAACAUCGGUAGAAUAGUUAUCGAGCUUUCUGUGCAAUUGCAUUUUGUUGUGACAGUGUAUGAGAAGACUUUUGUGUUAAAUAAAUUUGUUUUCUAAA